AUGUCAGAGAAACUCCAGGUCGUCGAAGGUAAAAUAGAACAAUGCAUGAACAUUAUCAAGUCCACCGGAGCAUCUGUCAGAAUGGAGUUGGAAACCAAUAAUGCCUCUCAAGAAUCAGGGGCUACAUCUCCACUGAUGGGGCAAAGCAGAUAUUUUCCUGACAUAUGGAAUAUAGGACCCCUGAUGACAAAGGAAAGGCAAAUCUCGGAGAAGUGUAAAUUUUCCAGCAGUAAAAAACAUAUACCGACCGAAUUCAUCACCCGGCUUCAAUUAGAAUACGACGUAUACGGAAGGCAUAUGUUAUUAGAAUAUUUUAUAAAAGAUCACUUGGAAGACGAUGCGUUAGCAUGGUACUCGACUAGUCAGGGCACAAUGGCUACGUUUGAAGAAUUCAAGAAAAAAUUCCUUUCCAGAUUCCACGGGUCUAAGUACGACCAGCUACUAUAUGAAGAACUUAACUGUGGUCUAUACUUUAAUAAGCUACACCUUUCCCCAACCGAAUAUUUUAGUAGGCUGGUUAUUCGGGCCAGAGCAUGUCAAAGUAAGCCCGAAGAUGCAUAUAUCUGUAAGACGCUAGGACGGCACUUCGGCCCGAAAAUAGAAGAAAUCGUCAUCUACCAAGGGAUUGAUAACAUAGAUCGGUUCAUGCAGUUAUUAGAAGACGUGGGAAAGGAGAAAAUAAUGAAAUCAAAGGAGUCCAGGAUUGCAAAGGAUUCCAUUCCGAGUUCAGGGUGA